UGUAUUUUUUUUUUCAGAAAAAUGUCCGUAAAUCCGUUCGAUCAUCUGAAGCGUAGUCUAGAUCUAGGGGAGGGGAAUACUGCGCAGUAUUAUGAUCUCAAAGCACUAGGAGAGAGUUAUACGAAGCUUCCUUUCUCCAUAAAGGUUCUUCUCGAAUCAUCUGUUAGAAUAAAAAGUUUGAAAAUGGUUGAGGGAGGAGUGGAGGUCCCAUUCAGACCCAGUCGAGUUCUUCUCCAGGACUUUACCGGAGUCCCCGCCGUGGUAGACUUUGCUGCUAUGCGAGAUGCAGUUCAGUCUUUGGGAGGAAAGCCCUCGGACAUCAAUCCUCAGUGCCCUGCAGAUUUGGUAAUAGAUCAUAGUGUACAAGUUGAUGUAUCUGGAACAGCUGACUCAACGGCCAGGAACGAAGAACUUGAGUUUGAGAGGAAUCAGGAACGAUUUCUCUUCCUAAAAUGGGGAGCUAAGGCGUUUAAGAACAUGUUGAUAGUUCCCCCGGGAUCUGGAAUAGUCCAUCAAGUGAACCUGGAAUAUCUCGCCAGGGUCUGCUUCAAUGAAAACGGUGUUCUGUAUCCUGACAGUGUGGUUGGAACAGACAGUCACACAACAAUGAUCAAUGGAUUAGGGGUAGUUGGCUGGGGAGUUGGAGGUAUUGAGGCUGAGGCUGUUAUGCUGGGUCAACCUAUAUCUAUGACCCUACCCAAGGUUGUUGGAUACAAAAUCACAGGAAGUUUAAACCCUCUUGUAACCUCAACUGAUGUAGUUCUCACAAUCACUAAGCACCUUAGACAAGUAGGAGUGGUUGGUAAGUUUGUUGAAUUCUACGGACCAGGGAUGGAUAAACUCUCAAUAGCAGACAGAGCCACCAUUGCCAACAUGUGUCCCGAAUACGGAGCCACUAUUGGGUUCUUCCCCGUGGACCUGAAGACCCUGGAGUACUUGAGGCAGACCAACCGGUCCGAGGAGAAGAUCAAGAUGAUCGAGAAGUACAUGUCAACAGUUGGGAUGCUCAGAAAUUUCCAAGAUGUUUCCCAAGAUCCCGAGUUCUCUGAACUCCAUGAGCUCGACCUGGGGACUGUAGUGCCAAGCCUUUCUGGACCUAAACGUCCUCAUGAUAGGGUAUCUGUAAGUGUGAUGAAGGAUGAUUUCAUCAAGUGUCUGGAGUCUCCAAUUGGAUUUAAGGGAUUUGCUAUUCCAGCUGACAAGGUGAAGACGACAGUACCAUUUAUGUACGAGGGUCAGGAGUACACCUUGAACCAUGGUUCAGUUCUUAUUGCCGCAAUUACUUCAUGCACAAACACAAGCAAUCCAAGUGUAAUGCUUGGUGCUGGUCUACUGGCAAAGAAAGCAGUAGAGCUGGGGUUAACUGUUAAACCAUACAUCAAGACCUCCCUGUCUCCUGGCUCAGGAGUGGUUACAUACUAUCUCAGGGAGUCAGGAGUUAUUCCUCAUCUUGAGACUCUUGGGUUUGGUGUUGUUGGAUACGGAUGCAUGACGUGUAUUGGAAAUUCAGGAGGUCCUCUCCCUGAAACAGUAGUAGAAGCAGUCGAUAAGGGAGACUUAGUAUGCUGCGGAGUUCUGAGUGGAAACAGAAACUUUGAGGGUCGAGUUCAUCCAAAUACCAGAGCUAACUACCUAGCUAGCCCUCUUCUUGUUAUAGGUAGUAUAUAUCCCAAUACCAGAGCUAACUACCUAGCCAGCCCUCUUCUUGUUAUAGGUAGUAUAUAUCCCAAUACCAGAGCUAACUACCUAGCCAGCCCUCUUCUUGUUAUAGGUAGUAUAUAUCCCAAUACCAGAGCUAACUACCUAGCCAGCCCUCUUCUUGUUAUAGGUAGUAUAUAUCCCAAUACCAGAGCUAACUACCUAGCCAGCCCUCUUCUUGUUAUAGGUAGUAUAUAUCCCAAUACCAGAGCUAACUACCUAGCCAGCCCUCUUCUUGUUAUAGGUAGUAUAUAUCCCAAUACCAGAGCUAACUACCUAGCCAGCCCUCUUCUUGUUAUAGGUAGUAUAUAUCCCAAUACCAGAGCUAACUACCUAGCCAGCCCUCUUCUUGUUAUAGGUAGUAUAUAUCCCAAUACCAGAGCUAACUACCUAGCCAGCCCUCUUCUUGUUAUAGCCUACGCUAUUGCUGGCAGAGUUGAUAUUGAUUUCGAGAAGGAACCUUUAGCUCAUGUUAAUGGAAAGGAUGUAUUCCUGCAUGAGAUCUGGCCUACUCGAGAGGAAAUCCAUGCAGUAGAGAGUAAAUAUGUUAUUCCAGCAAUGUUCCAGGAAGUAUACAGUAAGAUAUCUACUGGGAAUAAUAACUGGAAUAAACUAUCUGCUCCUGAGAGUGAACUUUAUCCCUGGGAUGCUGCUUCAACUUAUAUCAAGAACCCUCCCUUCUUCCAAGGUAUGACCCCUGAUCUGCCUCCUAAGCAGCCUAUACAGAACGCCUAUGCACUUCUUCAUCUUGGAGACUCUGUCACCACGGACCAUAUCUCCCCUGCUGGGAGUAUUCCCAGGAACUCCCCUGCUGCCCGGUAUCUGGGCUCCAGGGGUCUGAACCCCAGAGAUUUCAACUCCUUUGGAUCCAGGCGCGGUAACGAUGCCGUGAUGGCCAGAGGAACAUUUGGUAAUAUUCGCCUUGUAAACAGAUUCAUUGGGAAGGCAGCUCCUAAGGAAAGAGAACUGAAUACAAAACGGACUCUGGACGUAAUUUUANAUGAGUAUGCUGCAUCUAACAGUUCCUUAAUAAUACUGGCUGGAAAGGAUUAUGGCAGUGGUUCUUCUAGAGAUUGGGCCGCCAAGGGUCCUUUCUUGCUGGGGAUCAAAGCUGUAAUAGCUGAAUCAUACGAGAGAAUUCACAGGUCCAACCUGGCUGGUAUGGGAAUAGUUCCUCUAGAAUAUGAGAAGGGACAAUCAGCAGACUCAUUGGGUCUUACAGUUACUUUUAUAUCUUUUCUUGUAUUUUUAAGGUUUGAUACUGAGCCUGAGUUAACCUACUACCGCCAUGGUGGAAUAUUGAACUACAUGGUCCGUAAACUGGCCGGGGUUGCUAACUGAGAUUCCCGCAUUUUCUCAGUUCCGCCAUUUUUCUUUUUGAAAAAUCCGCGGAAAUAUUAUAACUUAAGCACAGUUGUUCUUGUAAUUAGGAAACAAUAAUUCAAAAAUUGAAAAUUACAAAGCAUUUAUUUUGAUAUGUUUUAUACUUGUUAUUAAUAUUUUGAUCGUAUUUUCAAUUUAAACAGUGAUUUGAACAUUGUGAUUCCAGUUCUUAUAUUUGUAGAAUUAUUGCCAUAUAACUUUACGAAUUUGAUACUUUUUAAAGGAAUUGUUCUCAUACUUCAGAAAACUUAUAUUACUCCCAUUUUUAGGUUUAAAAGUGCGUACAAGUUGUCUUAUUGGUUGGUUCAAUGUUCGGAAAUAUUUGAAAAAUUGCACGAAAUUUCCCUUAAACUGGUUUUUUAAGACCCAUAUGCACUUCUUUGUGUACAGAUUGAAAGGUGGUCAAGAAUGUUUGCACUUUGUGUACAGAAUAAAAUAGAGUCGAUAAUUUUGAAAUGGGCCAAACCUAGAUAAAAUUAUUUUAUCAUUUGAGUAAAUUAUUUGUUCUACACCGCAUGGUCCAUGGUCCAUGAUCAGGUUAGUGAUGGUGUACCCUAGCCAUACCAGGAAGCUGUUGGACAAUCUAUACCUUCAUUUGAUUCAAAUUUAUUUGCUUAAAAUUAUUAAACUCUUUUACAGUUGAUGCCCUUGUCUUGAAAACCUUAUAUUUUCAUCUUCAGAAUGCACUGGCAACCUAUAUACACUAUUAUUAUUAAUUGACUUGUAAUCAGGGAAAAUAUAUUUUCAUACAAAGAU